AUUGCAACAUUAGUAUAUCAAGAGAAGAGAAAAAAGAAACAGGAGAAUAAAGAGAGGACUAGAGGAGGUAUCCUCUAGUGAACUGUCCGGGCGAAGCAUCUGCAAACAAUCCCCGCCAAUUUGUCCCUCCCUUUCGGCCGCCGCGCCGCCCCUUCUUCAUUCCUCCAGUCUGCCUUUGCUGCAGUAAAAUCAUCCGAGCUUUCCUCGUUCUUCUCUGUCAACUCCCAUUUCUACUCGUUACCGCUUGUGUUUUUUGUUCAGUUCGGAACUCUAUCCUCCAACUUCUGUUUCUUCUUCCUCUCUUCUUAAUUCACUAGCUUCCUUGUCAAGUGGUUUCAAGGUCAUUUGAUUGCCGGACAUUGUUGCCGAGGAGAGUAAUUUUUAUUUUCGUUGCAAUUAUUGAAGGCUUGAUUGAUAUGCUACUAUCGAGCUCCUCGGUGGCUUCACCUAGCCGUCUAAAUUAUGCAUUAGUUUCGGAUAUUAUUCCUACAAACUCUCUAUCUUCGCGAAGAAGUCAAAAUAUAAGUUGGUUUGUUGAUUCAAACGUCAUCCCAUGUCAUAGUUUCCCUUCACUGCUAAAAAUGACCCAUCAACCACCGCGCAAGAAUCAGAGUCUACAUUGCUCCGCAGCACUUCAUUCUACUGACACACUUCCUCGGAAAGAUGAAAUUGCUGUUCAUGGAGUUUCUGAAAAAAUUGUUGGUGUACUAGGAGGGGGCCAGUUGGGUCGAAUGCUAUGUCAAGCAGCCUCCAAACUGUCCAUCAAAAUCUCAAUUCUCGAUCCACUUGUAAACUGUCCAGCUAGUUCGUUAGCUUACUAUCACAUGGUUGGUAACUUUGAUGACAGUAAUACUGUUCAAGAAUUUGCUAAGAGAUGUGACGUAUUAACAGUUGAAAUUGAACACGUUGAUGUGGCCACACUAGAGAUUCUCGAGCAACAGGGGGUUGAUUGUCAACCUAGAGCAUCUACCAUCCGUAUAAUUCAGGACAAAUAUCUCCAAAAAGUUCAUUUUUCUCAGCAUGGAAUUCCAUUGCCCGAGUUCAUGCAGAUCGGUGAUCUUGAAGAUGCAAAGAAAGCAGGUGUAAUAUUUGGUUAUCCUCUCAUGAUCAAGAGCAAAAGAUUAGCUUAUGAUGGACGUGGAAAUGCUGUUGCGAAAAGUAUGGAGGAGCUUUCUUCUGCCAUUUCUGCUCUAGGUGGAUUUGAGCGUGGCUUAUAUGUUGAGAAGUGGGCACCUUUUGUGAAGGAACUGUCGGUUGUUAUUGCUAGAGGUAGAGACAACUCCAUGGCAUGCUAUCCUGUUGUUGAAACUAUUCAUAAGCAAAAUAUUUGUCACAUUGUUAAAGCUCCGGCUAGUGUGUCAUGGGAGAUCAAGAAACUUGCAAUGGAUGUUGCAUACAAAGCCGUCAACUCUCUAGAAGGUGCUGGCAUUUUUGCUGUGGAGUUAUUUCUGACAGAAGAUGGUCAGAUUUUACUGAAUGAAGUGGCUCCUAGACCUCAUAAUAGUGGUCACCACACAAUUGAGUCUUGCAAGACCUCUCAAUUUGAGCAGCAUUUGCGGGCUGUCCUUGGUCUUUCCCUUGGAGAUCCAUCAAUGAUGACGCCAGCAGCUAUUAUGUGCAAUAUUCUAGGUGAAGAUGAGGGGGAACCUGGUUUUUAUCUUGCUCAUCAACUGAUGCAAAGGGCAUUGAGUAUUUCUGGAGCUUUUGUUCAUUGGUAUAAUAAACCGGAAAUGAGAAGGCAAAGAAAGAUGGGUCACAUCACGAUUGUUGGCCGUUCUAUGAGCGUUGUUGAGAAUUUAUUAGCAUCAAUGCUUGAUGAAGCUUCUGAAAAGCCAGCAGUUGUGCAUCGUGUUGGAAUCAUAAUGGGCUCUGAUUCAGAUUUUCCUGUAAUGAGAGAUGCUGCAAAGGUCCUUGAUACGUUUGGUGUGCCUUACGAGAUAAAGAUAGUUUCUGCACAUCGGACCCCCGACUGGAUGUUUUCUUAUGCGUCAUCUGCUCAGGAGAGAGGGAUAGAAGUUAUCAUUGCUGGUGCUGGUGGUGCAGCCCAUUUACCAGGUAUGGUUGCCUCUCUUACACCAUUGCCUGUUAUUGGCGUCCCUGUGCGUGCUUCAGCUUUGGAUGGACUUGAUUCUCUUCUGUCAAUUGUGCAGAUGCCGAGGGGAGUUCCCGUUGCUACUGUUGCAAUCAACAAUGCAACCAAUGCAGGUUUGUUGGCAGUGAGGAUGUUGGGGGUGGCAGAUGCGGAUCUACUCUCAAGGAUGAGCCAAUUUCAAGAAGACACCAAAAAAAACGUAUUGAGCAAGGCAGAAAAGUUAGAAAAAGAUGGUUGGGAUUUGCAGUGAAUCAGUCCGCUACCCAAAAACCGUUAGUGAAGUCGAGGGCGAAGUAUCUCCACUUUAACAUUUUUAUUUUCAAUCUCCACGUGGAUGCAGAAUUAGUUCACAAGAUCUCCUGCGACCCACAUUCUGUGAAGCAGCCGAAGGUUUCUCCGAUUGUCCAUUUUAUUUGUUUCUGGCAACUACUGGAAUUGUCUGUUUUCUACAAGUGUACUGGAGAGCUAUGUGCUUUCUUGGUCCACAAUUUUGCACUAUUUAACAUUUGAAUAAGCAUUUUAGAUAAGGCCGUUUGGGCUGUUGGUAGUUGGCUUAUGCUUCAUUGUUUAAAUAAGAACUGUCACCUCCAUUGAACUCGUAA